CGAAAUAAGUAGACAAAAACAAAAUUAUUAAAAAAAAAAAAAAAAAAACUGAAUGAUAGAGUGAUAGUAGAAAAAAACAAAAUGAUUAAUAAGCAUCCUUCUCCCACAGUCAUAGUCUCGAGAAUUAACCUGUCUCCCCCUCCCCCUGGUCAACGCUUUUUUCAGAGACUCUCUUCUCUUCUCUUCUCCUUCCUUCAAAGCAACUCACUACUCUCACUCUUCUUCUUUCAAAUACUCUCUCUCUCUCUCUCUUAUCUCACUCUUCUCUUCUCUCUAAAAAAAUAAAACACAACCACCGUAUCAGCUUCACCGCCAUAUCCCACCGGAGAAAGAAAGAUAGAAACCAUGUAUCUUCUCUUUCUCUUCCUACUUUUUCCCACUGUCUUCUCUCUCAACCAAGAAGGUUUCAUUCUUCAGCAAGUCAAGCAAUCUUUCGACGAUCCUGACUCCUCUCUCUCCUCUUGGUCCUCUUCUGAUGAUUCUCCUUGUCGGUGGUCCGGCGUUUCCUGCGGCGGUGAUUUCACUUCUGUCACUUCCGUCGACCUCUCCGGUGCUAAUCUCGCCGGACCUUUUCCUUCCGUCAUAUGUCGUCUCUCUAAGCUCGCGCAUCUCUCUUUGUACAAUAACUCCAUCAACUCUACGCUUCCUCUCAACAUCGCUGCUUGUAAUCGUCUCCAAACUCUCGAUCUCUCUCAGAAUUUUCUCACCGGUGAGAUUCCUCCCACUCUCGCCGAUAUUCCCACCUUGGUGCACUUGGAUUUGACCGGUAACAACUUUUCCGGUGAUAUUCCGGCGAGUUUUGGCAAAUUUGAAAACCUCGAGGUUCUCUCUCUCGUUUAUAAUCUCUUGGACGGGACGAUUCCUCCGUUUCUAGGCAACAUAAGCUCUCUGAAGAUGCUGAAUCUUUCGUACAACCCGUUUAGUCCGAGUCGGAUCCCUCCGGAGUUCGGGAACUUGACCAAUCUCGAGGUUAUGUGGCUCACCGAGUGUCAUCUCGUCGGACAGAUCCCUGACUCGCUGGGUCAACUCAGCAAACUCGUUGAUUUAGACCUUGCGCUUAACGACCUUGUUGGUCCCAUCCCUCGUUCGCUCGGCGGUUUGACCAACGUCGUUCAGAUUGAGCUUUACAACAACUCGUUGACCGGAGAGAUUCCACCGGAGCUCGGGAAUUUGAAGUCGUUGAGACUUCUCGACGCGUCGAUGAAUCAGUUAACUGGGAAAAUACCUGACGAGCUCUGUCGUGUGCCAUUGGAGAGUUUGAAUCUGUACGAGAACAAUCUAGAAGGUGAACUUCCGGCGAGUAUAGCGACGUCUCCGAACUUGUACGAGGUGAGGAUCUUCGGUAACCGGUUAACCGGAGAAUUACCAAGAGACCUCGGGAGAAACUCGCCGUUGAGAUGGCUUGACGUUUCGGAGAACGAAUUUUCCGGCGAAUUACCGGCGGAUCUGUGCGAGAAAGGGGAGCUAGAGGAGUUGCUGAUUAUUCACAACUCAUUCUCCGGCGCUAUACCGGAGAGCCUCGGUGAUUGCAGAAGCUUGACACGUGUCCGGUUAGCGUAUAACCGGUUUACCGGUUCAGUUCCUACGGGUUUCUGGGGAUUGCCUCAUGUCUACUUGCUUGAGCUCAUGAACAACUCGUUCUCCGGUGAGAUUGCGAAGUCCAUUGGCGGUGCAUCGAACCUCUCGCUCUUGAUACUCUCAAACAAUGAAUUCACCGGAUCUUUGCCGGAGGAGAUUGGGGUUUUAAACAAUCUUAACCAGAUAUCGGCGAGUGGAAACAAGCUGAGUGGCUCGUUGCCUAAUAGCUUGAUGAAGCUUGGGGAAUUAGGUACUCUUGAUCUUCAUGGUAAUCAGUUUUCAGGGGAGUUAACACCUGGAAUCAAAUCUUGGAAGAAGCUGAACGAGUUGAACUUGGCCGAUAACGAAUUCUCCGGUAGAAUUCCCGAUGAAAUAGGGAGUUUGUCAGUCUUGAACUACCUUGAUCUAUCUGGUAACCUUUUCUCUGGCAAAAUCCCGGUUUCGUUGCAGAAUUUGAAGCUAAACCAGCUGAAUCUGUCGUAUAAUCGGUUAUCGGGUGACUUACCGCCUUCUUUAGCGAAAGAAGUGUAUAAGAACAGUUUCAUUGGGAACCCUGGAUUGUGUGGGGAUAUCAAAGGAUUGUGUGCCUCUGAAAAUGAAUCUAAGAAGAGAGGCUUUGUAUGGCUUCUCAGAUCGAUUUUCGUGCUUGCUGCGAUGGUGUUGGUUGCGGGUAUUGCUUGGUUCUACUUCAAAUACAGGAACUUCAAGAAAGCAAGAGCUAUGGAGAGAUCCAAGUGGACUCUGAUGUCGUUCCACAAACUCGGGUUCAGUGAGCACGAGAUUCUCGAAAGCUUGGAUGAAGACAAUGUGAUUGGAGCUGGAGCUUCGGGUAAAGUUUACAAGGUUGUACUUACCAAUGGAGAAACUGUUGCGGUCAAGCGGUUGUGGACAGGAUCUGUUAAGGAUUCCGGAGACUGUGAUCCAGAGAAAGGUAACAGACCUGGAGUUCAAGAUGAGGCCUUUGAAGCUGAGGUCGAGACAUUGGGUAAGAUUAGGCAUAAGAACAUUGUGAAGCUCUGGUGUUGCUGUUCCACAAGAGACUGCAAGCUCUUGGUUUAUGAGUACAUGCCUAAUGGUAGCUUGGGAGAUUUGCUUCAUAGCAGCAAAGGAGGAAUGUUGGCAUGGCAAACGAGGUUUAAGAUUAUCUUGGAUGCGGCUGAGGGGCUCUCGUAUCUUCACCAUGAUUCUGUUCCUCCUAUUGUGCACAGAGAUAUUAAGUCCAACAAUAUUUUGAUUGAUGGAGAUUAUGGUGCAAGAGUUGCUGAUUUUGGUGUGGCUAAAGCCGUGGACUUGACCGGAAAAGCUCCAAAGUCGAUGUCAGUGAUCGCUGGUUCAUGCGGGUACAUCGCACCAGAAUACGCAUACACACUUCGUGUGAACGAGAAGAGCGACAUCUACAGUUUCGGGGUAGUGAUCUUAGAGAUAGUGACAAGGAAACGCCCAGUUGACCCAGAACUGGGGGAGAAGGACUUGGUGAAAUGGGUUUGCACGACACUAGACCAGAAAGGCAUAGAGCAUGUGAUAGACCCGAAACUCGACUCCUGUUUCAAAGAAGAAAUAAGCAAAAUCCUCAACGUCGGGCUUCUCUGCACAAGUCCUUUACCCAUAAACCGACCCUCGAUGAGGCGUGUGGUUAAGAUGUUGCAAGAAAUUGGAGGUGGAGACGAGGAAAGCCAAAACAAGAUAAGAGACGAUAAGGAUGGGAAGUUAACACCAUAUUACCACGAAGAAACCUCAGACCAGGGAAGUGUAGCUUGAGGAGACCACGAAGAAACCUCAAAACUGUUUUUUGCCAAAAAAAAAAAAAAAGAAGCUCUCCCAAUUUUUUGGUGCUUGAAGCUGUGAAUUAGGGCAAUUGAAUCAGAGACUGUUGAGUUUUAAGUAUUAUAUAUAUAUAUCUAAAAAGAGUUUCUAAUUCAGUGUCUCAGUCUGUCUCCACUGUAAAGCUAUUAGCAGUGACUCUUCUGGUCUUGUAGCUUGUAAGUGUCUUAUUACUUGUUUCUCUGAGUAAAAAUGGAAAUGAAAAAAGUUGCGAUAA